AUGUUGAUUAUUGAAACAGCGGUCGAUUUUAAAUCAAGAGAUGUUGAGAACAAUCGGGAUACACAUAAGAUACAAGAAGUAAACGCUGCUAAAGGAGCUAAAGGAGUUAAGGGAGCUAAAGGAGCUAAGGGAGCUAAAGGAGCUAAAGGAGUUAAAGGAGUUAAGGGAGCUAAGGGAGCUAAAGGAGCUAAGGAAGCUAAAGGAGCUAAGGUAGCUAAAGGAGUUAAGGUAGCUAAAGGAGCUAAGGGAGCUAAAGGAGUUAAGGGAGCUAAGGGAGCUAAAGGAACUAAGGAAGCUAAAGGAGUUAAGGGAGCUAAAGGAGCUAAAGGAGCUAAGGAAGCUAAGGGAGCUAAAGGAGUUAAAGGAGCUCAGGGAGCUAAGGGAGCUAAGGAAGCUAAAGAAGCUAAGGAAGCUAAGGAAGCUAAAGGAGCUAAGGGAGCUAAAGGAGCUAAGGGAGCUAAAGGAGCUAAGGGAGCUAAGGAAGCUAAGGAAGCUAAGGGAGCUAAUGGAGCUAAAGGAGUUAAAGGAGCUAAGGGAAUAGAAGGAGUAAAAGCUCACAUAUAA